AUGGCGAACAUUCCGUCGCCUACAUCAUGUGACGACUAUCUGGGUAUCGACUCCUGGAGAGCGGAUGAAGAUUGCGCUCGCAAAGAGAAGCGGGGCACUGCUUCUGUUCGCACGCCUGAUCUGGGCCGAGGGAACUUGGGCGAAGCACGACCGGCGGGGCCUCCAGGGUCGGCUCCACUUUGGAACGAGGGUGGAGACGGGCGAUAUUCGGUUACCCCACAGAGCGGAGGCGAAGGGAAUGGAGGGCAUGGAUCGACACGAUCGAAGGACGUUGUCCAGGAGGCCUGGAAGGAGGUCGCCAGGGGAGGGCGCAACGCCAUCUCGAAGGCGACCUUCAUCCUCAUCCACGUGGAGGUCCACCGCCGAAUGGAAGAGAUGUCGGGUUCCGGGCAGUGCGACUUUCGCUCCGACGCAGAGAUGAACUGGGCAACGAGCAGCAAGGGACGCACGAUGAUGGAUUUCCAACAGUUCGACGAGGCGUGUUUGGGCAUGACCAAGGGAAUCGGGGCGGCGGAAGGCACGAGACGGCAAGCAACGUUUUACUCCGUGCUGCUCGAGGCUUGUCGCACGAUUGGAGGAGACCAACAGGACAACGACCCUGCUAAUCGUCCGGCAACCGAAGGCCUCGUGAGGCCAAGCGUUGCGCCGCCCGAAUCGCCGUUGAGGGGAUCGUUUCCUGCUGGUUUCGGUCAGACUAUCAGCCCUAACGAUAGCGGGCGGUGGCUCCUGAGGUCGGCAAGACGAAAAGAAAACGCGGAGCCACGGCAAGGGAAUCAGCGCGAAGAGGAGGAUGAAGACCGGAAGCGGUCAGAAAGAAGAGGGCGACAGCAGCAACAUCCCCAUGCCGCGUCGACCGCCGGGGGCUUAUCCGACCGAUUGGGCCACGGUAGUAGUUGUUCGUCGCCCCCGCGAGAAGGCGCAGCCUUGGUCGACGGCGGCGGUGACGGCCAAAGAGCUACGGCUACAUCGAUGGUGGGUGGCGCCACUUGCGCCGACGGAAGCAGUUUCUUGGUGAUGCAGAAGGCCGACAGACUCCGGUCCUGGCCACCGGCAUGGGUGAAGCAAUGCGCGGAUAGUAGUAGUGGCGGCGACGAUGCUAGAGACAGCAGCGAAAGCCAAAAGACUGGAAUCGUUCUUGCGAGGGGCAUAUUUGCAGCGGGAUCUGCGCACGCGACAGCAAACACAGGGUCACAGGUCAAGGCUCUGGACGCUCGAUUGCUAAUAGGUUCUGAGUCGCAAAAGGCGCUGCUGCUCCAGGAGGAGCUGAGGAGCAACCGUGCCAGGCUUCUCGAGAUCCAACGACACCCAGGUCGAGGGCCCACAGCGUUGUCACAGUGUCGGACGUCUCCCCGACAAGGCACCAGGGCCGACGAGAAACCGGACAAAUCGAGGUCGCCCACUACCUGUGCCGGGGCCGGUGGUGGCGGCGGCGGUGCAAGCAGCCGUGACUGUAACUUUCUUGAAGAUUCCCAGAGGAGCUUCCCAAGCCACCAACAACACUGCCGAGCACACCCGUCCGCUGCAGAUUCUCAUCCGGCGAGCUGCGCCGUCAAUGACAGCGCGGAAGGAAGCGGAACUGCACCGCCGGAGUCCAACUUGUGUUGUGCUGCGCUAGCCGGGUACCGAUUGUCCGGUGCCACCUGCGUCGACAUUGGUGACAAUGAUGGCGACAAGACCUUUGCAGGUAGGGCAGGUCCUGGGGGGGGGGCGGAUGGCGUGGACAGCCUGGACGGGUCGCUGGAAGGGUCGCUGUCGACGGGGUCCCUGUCAACGGGGGCGGGAAAGUCCAGGGCCGCGGCGAAGGGAAUCGGCACUGUGGUGCGCCGAGUGCAAGCUGUCGUUUUGCGCGAUCUGCUUCGCGAAGGUGCCUCACCACCAGGGCACGGGUUUUCUGGUGCACGACCCGGCUCGCGAGUCUCAACACCAGGCGGGGUCACACCUGCCGGGAAAUGGGCCGGAGAAGCGAGGGGUAGAAACAAGCAGAGCCGGUUGGGGGAGAGGUGA